GACCAAGAUGGCAGCGUAGUGUGUUUGUUUGGUUUGUUUGGCGUUUAUCAUCUGGCGCUGUUAUUAUGCGAAGAACAUGACAAAUAUCGACUAAAGUUUAUCACCAAGACACUUGUCGUGAACAAUACAUGAACUUGUUCCGAGAACCCGAUGGGUGACAUCCAAACGUUCUCUUUACAGCGUAGUAGUUACUAAAUAUCCUGUUGACGCCCCCCUUUGCGAGCCUUUGCAGCAAACCCAGGAGCUGAAGAAGAUGGCUUCGCUUUUUGAACAGUACGAGCAAGUGACAUCACAGACGACUGGGUACUCCACGGGCACAAGGACGGGCUACCCUGAGCAGGGUGGCUUCAUACGUCUCGAAGAGGAAGGUCAAAUUUUUAAGAAAUACAAGAUUGAUUUCAGGCCCACAGCACCAAUUACGCAUCUAGUGGUCGCAAAUGGCAUCGUUGUCCUCGUCAUGUCAAACAAUACGUUGCUGCGAAUCUACAGCAAAAAUCAAGAUCAGAACAUGGAAGUGGUGGACUUGAACAGAACUUUGGGCGACAGGCCUGCCAAAGUGUACCAGGUGUUUAUGGAUCCAAAUGGAAAGCACGUCAUCGUCAGCCUGGUUCAAAUGGACUGGGAGACCUCACUCGAGAACUACUACUUGUCACAGAAGGCUCCAAAUACUGCUCUGUCUAUGCACAAGCUGAAGGGUCAUGUUGUGAGUGCCGUUGGGUGGAACUUCGACAACCCUCCCGAUAAAAACUCCACCGAUUUUAUCUUGGUGGGCACCACAAAAGGUAUUAUAUUUGAGAUGGAACUGGUGGUCAGCGAAGUGCGAUCAUUUUUUUCGAGCCCCCCGGAUCAGUAUUGCAAACAGAUCUUCGACUUGGCUCUGGACGACAGCAUGGGUCCGGUGACGGGGCUUGCUUUUCACAAAUACGGCACGCAAGGAUCAGAAAACAAGUGCUUCAUCAUAGUGACCACUGCUAGGCGCCUGUAUCAGUUCGUCGGAACUUAUCCGACGUCCUGCGACCCUCCUGUCUUGCAGCGAAUCUUCCACGCCAUUGAAGACGUUUCUGAUCGCUGUGUCGAAGUGCCAAGUGGCUUGUUGUACAGCUGUCUGCAGUUCUACCAUGCAGGACCGAAACAAGUGCCCAAAAAGUUUGGGCUCAUGCUAGAACCAGGGGUCUUGGUUGGGGACGUGGUUGUAUCCGGAAAAGAUGCCAAGCCCGACGUCGUCGUGCUUAACCAAACGCUGAUUCAAUUCAACAAGGCUAUGAAGCCGCCGACGGGUACAUCAAAUCCACCGCUUUCCAUGGCGUUGACGGAAUUCCAUACGCUAGUGCUCUACGUGGACAGGAUAAAAGUAUACUGCCUUCUAAAUGGAGAGAUUGUCUUUGAAGAAGUCUUCUCGGAGAUGAAUGGUCGUAUGAUUGGCCUUGCCAAGGACCCCAUUACCGGCACCAUCUGGGUGUUCUCGGACUCCGUCCUCUACCGGUACAAGGUUGAAAAAGAAGACAGGAAUGUAUGGGGGGUUUAUCUUGAGCAAGGCAACUAUGAGGCUGCUAAAUACUACUGCAGAGGUGAUCCGGAAAAGCUGGACCGUGUGUUCAGGAAGCACGCUGAGGACCUCUUUGAGAAGAAAGAAUACGUCAGCAGCGCUGAAAUGUACGCGGAGACGUGCACAUCGUUCGAAGAGGUGUCGCUUCGCUUCUUGCAAAUGGCUGAAGAAGCUGAGGGCGACGACAAGGAAGAAGCCCUGCGUCGCCUCCUGGUGAAGAAGCUGGGCAAACUGAAGCCAUCCGAAAAGACACAGACGACCAUGAUUGUCAUGUGGCUCAUAGAGCUGUUCCUGAACCGUUUGGGCACGCUGCGAACAGCGGGAAGGCAGCACCAAGAACCAUAUCAGGGCCUAGUUUGGGAAUUCCAGAAUUUGCUCUCAGAUCCAAAAGUUGAGCAAUGUGUGGUCCACAAUAAGAGUGCAGUCUACAAGCUGAUUGCCAACCAUGGAGAGGAAAACAUUCUCAUAAUGUUUGCAAACAUCAUGAAAGAUUUUGAAAGGGUGAUCCAGUACCACAUUCAGAACAAAAGUUACAAGUCGGCAUUGGAGGUUUUGACGAAACAAAACAACCAGGAGUUGGUGUACCAGUUCUCUCCAGUGCUGAUGCAAUGCAUUCCAAAGGAGACCGUCGAAAUGUGGUUCGCACAGGGGAGAAGGCUCGAUCCUUCGCGCCUCAUACCUGCUCUUGUGCAGUAUGACAAAACAAACGACAAGGCCCACGGGUUUGAAGCUAUCAACUACCUGGAGUUCUGUGUGGACAAGUUGAAAAACGAGGACGAGGCCAUUCACAAUUACCUUCUAACCCUCUAUGCACGGCUGGAUCCCAAGAAGCUGAUGCAUUACCUAGAACUCCAGGGUCAGGACCAAACGAGAGUACGCUACGACCUGAAGUACGCCCUGCGGAUCUGCUCGGAGCUCAACCUGACCGAGGCCUGCGUCCACAUCUACACCACCAUGGAACUGUACGAAGAAGCUGUAGACCUGGCUCUCAAGGUCGAUAUUGGCGUGGCUAAAACAAUUGCCAGCCUGCCGGAGGUCAGCGAAGAACUUCGGAAGAAAUUGUGGCUCAAGAUAGCUGAGCAUGUCGUGAAAGAGAAAAAGGACAUUGUGCAGGCAAUGGAGUUUCUCCAAGAAUGCGACCUUAUCAAGAUCGAAGAUAUUCUUCCGUUCUUUGACGAAUUUGUCACCAUCGAUCACUUCAAGGAGGCCAUAUGUUCAUCACUGGAGGAGUAUAAUAAGCACAUAGACGAGCUCAAGGAAGAAAUGGAGGAAGCCACAAAGAGUGCCAAAGAGAUACGGGCUGAGAUUAAUGUCUUCCGCAACAAGUACUCCAUUGUCAAGGCAGAUCAGAAGUGUUCAGUCUGCAACUUUCAUGUCAUGAAUCAAGCCUUUUACAUGUUCCCCUGCUCGCACGUGUUUCAUGCAGACUGCCUCAUUCUCGAAGUUCAGCUGCACAUGAUUCCCACGAAGCGCAAUAGGAUAGAAGAAAUCCACCGACAGCUAGUGAGUAUUGGGAACCGCGACGACAACGUAUCAGUGUCGUCGAUGUCUGGUCCACUCACCCAGAGCACCAGGGAGAAACUAAUGAAUGAGCUGGAUGAUCUUGUGGCAUCAGAGUGCCUUUACUGUGGUGAAAUUGCGAUCCAGUCAAUUGAUGAACCAUUCAUUUGUCCGGAAGAGUUUGAAGAAGUUGUGAACGACUGGCGGUGACCUUUAAUUAAAGAUGCGCACUGUAGAGUGCAUGUGUUUUGUAAGAUGAAAUGUAUAUGAGUUAUAAAGGCAUAGUAUAUUUUGUAGGA